AUGUUACAAAUUAAGUAUAGUGUUAUAUCUUUAGCACUCCUCUCAGCAGCUUCAGCUGCCCUCUACAGGAAAUCUUACUAUAACAGCGCGUACCCUAGGGCCAAUGUAAACGUUUAUAGACCCAGAACUACCUACUCCCCAUAUAGAAAUUUGAUAAAUGUAGCACCAAUAGCAAGGCCCCUAAAUACAUACCAUGUGGCACGCCAGAAUUACUAUAACAACCCCCAGAUUGCUAUUUUAAGAAAUGACCAAGAUAUUAGACCAGAUGGUUCCUACUCUUAUGCCUACGAGACGGCCAAUGGCAUUGCCGCUCAAGAGCAAGGAGUGGGGGGUAGAUCUGUACAAGGGGGUUUCUCCUGGACUUCCCCUGAAGGUCAAUUGGUCCAAAUCCAAUAUGUCGCCGAUGAAAAUGGUUACCAUCCCACAGGAUCUCACAUUCCUGUUGUUCAAAGAUCUUUAUCUCAUCCACAAUAUUAUAAUACGUAUUCCCGUAAAUACUAAUAAUAAAAUAUGAUAAAUAAAUACUGAG